AUGCUCGAGGCUCGUGUCAAGCAGGCAUCCGUGCUCAAGAAGCUCCUUGAUGCUAUCAAGGAGCUCGUCACUGACGGCAACCUCGACUGCUCCGACGAGGGAAUCGCGAUGGACAACUCGCACGUUGCCCUCGUUUCGCUGAAGCUGGUUGCCGACCAGUUCGAGUCGUACCGCUGCGACCGCAACAUCCCCCUUGGUGUUAACCUCACGUCGCUCACGAAGAUCCUUAAGUGUGCCAAGGACAACGAUGUUGUCACGCUGAAGGCUGCCGACGACGCGGACAGCCUUGGUCUCGUCUUCGAGUCGCCGAAGGAGGACCGUGUCGGCGAGUACGAGAUGAAGCUCAUGGACAUCGACCAGGAGCAUCUCGGUAUCCCGGACACGCAGUACGACGCCACGAUCACGAUGUCGUCGCAGGAGUUUGCUCGUAUCUGUCGUGACCUGACCGCGCUCGGCGAGAGUGUCAAGAUCGAGGCGUCGAAGGAGGGUGUCCGAUUCUCCUCGGAGGGUGAGGUCGGCUCUGGUUCCGUUCUCCUGAAGCAGACCGCCGGCUCCGACCGCCGGACGCGUGCCAAGACGGACCCCGAUGAGGAGGAGGAGGAGGAGGACGAGAAGCCGGAUGUCUCGGAGGGAGACGGCGAGGACGAGAUUGACGACGAGGACCGCCCGAAGAAGCGCAAGGCGAACGGCACCUCGAAGACUGCGUCCAAGAAGGGCAAGGCUGCCGCGAGCGACGAGGACGUCGGCGUCUCCAUCAUCCUCGAGAAGCAGGUCUCGCUCACCUUCUCGCUCAAGUACCUGUCCAACUUUGCCAAGUCGGCCCCGCUCGCCCGCGAGGUCUCGCUCAACAUGAGCAACGACGUGCCCCUCCUCGUCCAGUUCGAUUUCGAGCAGGGCACGCUCCAGUUCUUCCUUGCCCCCAAGAUCUCGGACGAGUAA